UUAUAUAUAUGCCCAUGCCUUCCAAACACUAUUGAAGUACCAAGAAGCGAAAGAAGAAGAAGAAAAAGAAGAGAAGAGAUGGGAAGCGUAGCGGCGGAGAAGACAGUGAAAGGGUGGGCGGCGCAUGACGCCUCCGGCGUCCUCUCUCCUUAUACUUAUCAAUUAAGGGAGACUGGUCCAGAGGAUGUGUUGAUCAGAGUGCUUUACUGUGGCAUAUGCCACACUGACAUCCACCAGACAAAGAACCACCUUGGGAUGUCCAAUUAUCCUAUGGUUCCCGGGCAUGAGGUGGUAGGAGAGGUGGUGGAAAUAGGGCCAAGUGUGAGCAAGCAUAGGGUUGGGGACAAAGUUGGGGUGGGCAUCAUUGUUGGAUGUUGCCGGAGUUGCAGUCCUUGCAAAGCUAAUAUUGAACAAUACUGCAACAAGCGCAUUUGGACUUAUAAUGAUGUGUACACUGAUGGACAACCCACUCAAGGUGGUUUUGCUUCCCACAUGAUUGUUGAUCAAAAGUUUGUGGUUAAAAUCCCAGAAGGCAUGGCGCCAGAGCAAGCCGCGCCGCUACUCUGCGCCGGCGUGACCGUUUACAGCCCAUUAGCUCACUUCGGCUUGAAGGAGCCGGGUCUCCGCGGCGGCGUUCUUGGGCUGGGCGGCGUGGGCCACAUGGGCGUUAAGAUCGCCAAAGCCAUGGGCCAUCACGUGACCGUCAUCAGCUCUUCUGGCAAAAAGAAAGCCGAAGCCAUGGACCAUCUCGGCGCCGACUCUUACCUCAUCAGCUCCAAUGAGUCCGACAUGUCCACCGCCGUUGAUUCACUUGACUACAUCAUUGACACCAUCCCUGCCCAUCAUGCUUUGGAGCCAUACCUCCCACUUCUCAAGGUCAAUGGAAAGCUCAUUCUUAUGGGGGUUAUCAAUCAGCCCUUGCAAUUCCUCACUCCCAUGGUCAUGCUAGGGAGGAAAACAAUUACAGGAACGUUCAUAGGGAGCAUGGAUGAGACACAAGAGAUGCUGGAGUUUUGUGCUGAGAAAGGGUUGACAUCUACGAUUGAGAUUGUUAAGAUGGAUUAUGUUAAUGAAGCAAUUGAACGGCUUGAACGCAAUGAUGUUCGCUAUCGCUUUGUGGUUGAUGUGGCUGCUAGCAACCUUUGAAACUCUCUGAACUUAAUUGUAAAUGCUGAAUGCUGAAGUGAGUGUGGGUCUAUGUCAAUGGGAAUAUGUUGUUGAUUUCUUUCUAUGUUUGUGUAUUAGUAAUUCAGUUGUUGCUCUUUGAAUUAAUGGUGUUGGAUUGUGCGGAUUAUCUAAUAAUUCUUUUUAUUGGUUUUUUUUUA